UUCCCUUCUUUCGCCGCCGCCGCCCGUUAACGAGAGCUCCGACAAACGUCGUGCUAUUUCGCGGGUCUCACCCAACGGUUUUUUGUCAGGUCAAUCCUGUAACUCGACCGCGAAGGAAGAAUGACGGAUCCCGUUGUGUUACAGUCUGCGGUGCGAGUACCGACUCCGCCUCCAGGCACCUCGUACUCUCCGCAAGCUUCAGCAUCUCGGAAACGCUCUCCUCCCUCGCGAUCUCCUUCGCCAAACCGUCGCCCUUCGCCACCAGGUGAUUCGCACGACGGCAGCCUCGAGGCGCCGCGUAUUGAUCCGAAGCGCGCCAUCGAACGAGAACGCCAACUAGCGGAGCGCGUCCGACAGCAUGAAAAACAAGAAGCGGCCGCCAGAAAGCCGAUGACGGAAGAGGAGAAACAGGCGGCCGCCAAAGCCGAAUAUGAGAAGUUACUGAACAUGCGGUCUGGCGGUACCUACAUUCCUCCUGCUCGACUUCGUGCCCUGCAGGCGCAGAUCACCGACAAGACCAGUAAGGAAUAUCAGCGGAUGGCGUGGGAGGCGCUGAAGAAGUCAAUCAACGGUCUUAUCAACAAGGUCAACGUUUCCAACAUCAAGCACAUCGUUCCGGAGCUAUUCGGCGAGAACUUGGUUCGUGGCCGCGGUCUGUUCUGCAGGAGCAUCAUGAAGGCUCAGGCAGCCAGUUUGCCCUUUACGCCCAUCUACGCUGCUAUGGCAGCUAUCGUCAACACCAAGCUGCCGCAGGUAGGAGAGCUCCUGCUCAAUCGGCUGAUCGUACAAUUUCGAAAGGCCUUCAAACGGAACGACAAAGCCGUCUGCAUAUCUUCCACCACCUUCAUCGCCCAUCUGUGCAACCAGCAAGUUGCCCACGAGAUGCUCGCUGCCCAGAUCCUCCUUCUCUUACUCCACAAGCCCACGGAUGACAGUGUUGAGAUUGCAGUCGGACUCACACGGGAAGUUGGUCAGCACUUGGAGGAGAUGAGCGGGCCCAUUGCUUUGGCGGUGUUCGAUCAAUUUCGCAACAUCCUUCACGAGGCGGAUAUCGAUAAGCGUGUCCAGUAUAUGAUUGAGGUGUUGUUCCAGGUUCGCAAGGAUAGAUACAAAGAAAAUCCAGCGAUUAAGGAAGAAUUAGAUCUCAUUGAGGAGGAAGAUCAAAUCACCCACCAGGUCGGUCUCGACGACGAGAUCGAUACGCAGGAUGGACUGAACAUAUUCAAGUACGAUGCCCAGUGGGAGGAGCACGAAGAAGCCUACAAGAAGCUGAAAGCGGACAUUCUGGGAGAGGGCAGCGACGACGAGGACGAUGACGAGGACGAAUCCGAGGAAAGCUCGGAUGAGGAGUCAGAAGAAGAGCGGAAGAUGGACAUCAAAGAUCAAACCAAUGCAGACCUUGUCAACCUCCGAAGAACGAUCUAUCUGACGAUCAUGUCCAGCAUAGAUUUCGAGGAGUGUUGCCACAAGCUCAUGAAGAUCAAUCUACCAACGGGCCUAGAGUCCGAAUUGCCGUCGAUGGUUAUCGAGUGCUGCUCCCAGGAACGCACUUAUUCCAAAUUCUACGGCUUUAUUGGUGAGAGAUUCGCCAAGAUCAACCGUUUCUGGUCCGACCUCUUUGAAACCUCGUUUGCUAAAUACUACGACACGAUCCAUCGUUACGAGACCAACCGACUGCGCAACAUCGCCCGCUUCUUCGGCCAUAUGAUCAGUACUGAUGCGAUUGGGUGGCAUGUGUUGUCUAUCAUUCACAUGAAUGAAGAGGAAACGACGUCCAGCAGCCGUAUCUUUGUCAAGAUCUUGUUUCAGGAUUUGGCAGAGCAUAUGGGGUUGCCUAAGCUGCAAGAGCGUAUGAGAGACGAGAUUCUGCGUCCCAGCUUUGAGGGUCUCUUCCCAAUGGACAAUCCACGCAACACUCGAUUCUCGAUCAACUACUUUACCAGUAUCGGUAUGGGUAUUUUGACGGAAGACAUGCGCGAGCACUUGAAGAACCUCCCCAAGCCCACAGUGCCCGCUCUGCCUCAACGCGACGGAGGCGACGAAUCAGACGCAGACUCUGUCUCAUCGCAUCCCACCAGCUGCUCGACUUGCACUCCUCGCUCUCGCUCGCGCUCCCGCUCUUACUCCUACUCCCGUUCCCCUUCGCCGGGCCGCGGACGCAGACGCUCUGUGAGUCGAGGCCGCUCCUACAGCCGGUCUGUGUCGGGCUCGUCCCGCAGAAGCUACAGCUACACGCCGUCGCGGUCUCGAUCGCCAGUGUCCAAGAACCGCGAGCGUUCAGUUUCAUAUAGUCGAUCCCGAUCCCGAUCUCUGGCCCCCCGGAAGCGCUCGUCCGUGUCGCGGACAACCCCUCCCCGCCGGGCACGCGAUCGCUCCUACGAUUCCCGCUCUCCUAGCCGAAGCGUGAGCCCCUAUCCGACCCGACGACCACGCUCUUUCUCCCGCUCGGUCACGCCACCUCGUAAACAGGGCGGUGCCGCUCCGCCUCGUCGAGACCGCAACUACACCAGAUCACCCUCGCGGUCCGUAACCCCGCCACCUACCCGCCACGGAGGCCGCCGGUACUCCGACUCGCGAUCGCCUUCUCCUCCCCGCAGGCGGGUUGCCAGGAGCGUAUCGCGGUCUCGCUCACGAACCCGGUCUGUGUCGCCUGUUCGUCGUGGUUGCGAUGCUAGCGGGUCCCGAUCGCCAGCACCACCGCGGACAGAAGGACGCAAACGGUAUUCGGACUCGAGAUCACCAUCUCCCGUGCGCCCCCGCGCAUCGCCUUCACGGACCCCGCCGCGCCGAGGCCGUGACUAGUGUAUCAAACAGUGAAAGCGGGUAGAGAGGGAAGUGAAUGCAAUCUAUUGUCAUGCUUGUGGGUUAGCUCGGGGCCGCAUGGGAAAGGACAUACCGUAAUUCGGGGUUUCUUUGAAAUGUAAUCUAGUUUGGAAGCGCUUGAAAAGACAAAUUUCCUGAAUUUGCUAUUCGAUCUAUGGUCAAGAACCCACUAAUAAAUG